AUGGCAGAGGACAUGAAGACUCUGGAGGAAAACUUCAGGCAGCAAAAUAAAAGCUGUUUCAUCCUCGGUGCCUCUGGGGAAACAGGCAGUGUGUUACUUCAAGAGCUGCUGGGGCGCAACAUCUUCUCCAAGAUCACUCUCAUCGGACGGCGACAGCUCACCUUUGAGGACAAAGCGUAUGAAAACCUGGUACAGGAGGUGGUGGACUUUGAGAAGCUUGAUGAUUAUGCUGCUGCCUUCCAGGGCCAUGAUGUUGGCUACUGUUGUCUGGGAACGACCAGAGCGAAAGCAGGGGCU